UUGCCACGAGAUCAACUUGGCCUGGGUGAUUAGCUUGUGAUGCUUGACAAAAGUGGCAUCAGUCUUACGAAAUGAUCUGUGGUUAGAUGCGAGACCGUUCUCAAGCCCGAGCAUUCUGUGUGCAUUCAUUCGAUUGUUGUGAAAGUGAACACAAACAUUUUCUUCGGGCCUAACUCCUAUCGUACGCUUUUUUCACCUUGUCAGUGAGUGUUUCAACAUCCUAGGAGUGACUUGUGUUCUCAUCCCCCAGCUAUGUGCGAUUCUGACCGUUGAUAUGCCGAUUCCAAUUGGCAUUAUGACUGAUUCCUGGUCGGGGUGGACAUGGAAUGCUAAUUUACUACCAGAGCACGUUCAUCUCGUCAAGCGAAGUGAUCAACUUGAGGUCCUCUCAACGACUGAGAGUGAACUGCUCAAUUUUGGACCGGUUUUUGAUGUGCCUGGGCCUCCUUAUAAGGACGAAAUCCCGCCUCCUGGAACUUUGUUACAAGGUUUGGAACACUCUUGGAAACCCGAGGAGAUCAUCACGAGUUUGACUCAAAUCGAAGCAUCAAACACGCCAACGGCAUUGCCUUAUCAGCUACAAGAGUCAGAUAGCUCUCGUGCACUACUCGAUCAUGAGAUCUUCAGUGAUAUUCGAGGUGAAUCUGAGAAACCAACAAAACCAAGACAAAGACGAAGACGGAGACGAAAACGAAGGAGACGGAGGAAGAAGAACAAUCAAUAUCAACUAAGACGACGGAAUCAAAACAGAAGACAUAGUCAUGGUUCCUACCAUGGAGGCCCAUGGCGUCGAAACCAAUCAAAUGAGCGACUCAGAUUGGCCGUGGUUAGUUUCCUCACCAAAGUCAGAGAAUUCCAUGAUUCGAUUGGAAACGCCAUAUCCAGGAGUGCUCAAGAUCCAGCCUCGGAUCGGGUGGCGGCGGUGGUGAAUUCGCUUACCAAUCAAUUGGGCUUGACGAGUGCGGAUGAUCAUCAGAACCAAGACCCGUAUCUUGCCCAUCAAAACCAACUCAACAACAUGAUGAUGAUGAUGGAAAAUGAUGGGCAAGUCAAUGGAGACGGUGCUAAUGACGGAUUUUUUGGGUUAGAGUUCCUAUCACCAGUGACAGAUAUCCUGGCCCCAUUGCAAGGGGAUCAGUCCUUAUCUCGACAGGAUUUCAUCCUUGAGCUGACCUCAUGGUUUAGACGCUCAGUUUGGUUCAUACUCUACACCGGUGCUUACACAGUGUCUCCAGCUCUUGUCCUUUUAGCUGUAAGUAUUCCUUUUUUUUUACUACAGACACCUCUUUGGCAACACAUCCUGUCCUCUAUUGCCUUUCAGGUCCUAUUUUCCUUGUUGUUUGAAUUGGUAAUCAACUUCAGUGAUGUGAAAAUGACAUUGUCAGACUUCAUGGCAGAGACCAUGGCCAAGUUAGCCAACUUCCGGAAACAGAUGAGAGACGACGAGUUUCCCUUUGAUGAGGACAACUUUAACAAAUACAAAGUCAAACCUGCAUCUCUACCUUAUUUCCCAAAUAAAAGAGUCCUAAAUCUGAGGGUUCCUCAGGUCUCAUUGGAUUUGCUGCCAUAUGCCAAUCGAAAACCAUUUUCAAAUCGAGUUAUAUUUGUGAAUUAAUAAAUGUCUGACAA